UGCCAGCAUGAUCCCGCCGCCAACGAGCCAGCCUUGACUCUCCUCACCUGUGAUAACUGCAAAGCUGUCCAAUACUGCAGUAUCAUGUGCCAGCACCGAGACUGGAAGGCUCACAGGAACCUGUACUGCGUGAAUCCCAUCAACAUCCCGGUGGACAUCCUCGCAAAGCCUCACAAGGCACCCUUCCUCAUGACGACCAUCGCCAACCCCUUCGCUCGCCUCUCCGAGGGCACCUGGCUGCACGACCGCCACCAGCAGGACGUGUACGUCCUCCUCAUCGACUCCUUCCGGCUCCGAGAGUACGAUGACUUCACCUUUGGGGGCACGAGCAACGCCGACAGCGUCUACAGCGGUCGGCCGAGCUCGUGCCCUGCGUUCCGCCGCUUCCUCUGCCAAGCGGAAGCCAAGGGCCUGAUGCCCCCUUGGUGGACGGACCACACGCGUGUCGAGUGUCUGACCAAGGGCGCCGACCGGAGUGCCGACAACUGGCACGACCUGCACGCCAUGGCCCGGGACAUCGAGGUUGUGGUGGUGUACGAAGCUGCCAUCAUGGCGAUGCAGCUUCGUAUGUUUGCCGAGACGGUGCUGGGAAGCGGAGCCGCGGGG